AUGUGGACGACCUGCGAGCAGCAACACAUAUAUCAAGCGGAUAGCCAGACUGCAGACGACACGACACACGGACAGCCAGCAAAGAUGACUUCCCCUACCACGACCAUCGCGCAGAAGUUCCUCUCCCGGCCCCAGGAGCUGGGCGUCGUCGCCGUGGGCUUUUCCGACGGCCAGAAAAUGACACAGCCCAAAGCCGGCGUGGACGCGGGCCCGACGGCGCUGCUCGAGGCCGGCCUGCUGGACCAGGUGCGUGACGAGCUCGGCUACAAGGUCGACUUCGACAGCAAAGUGCACGACUACGCCGACGUCAAGCCUGCGGAGAGCGAGGACCCGCGAUACCGCAACAUGAUCAAGCCCCGGACCGUCUCUGCGGUGACCCGGCGGCUGAGCGAGCAGGUCUACGAGCACGCCCGCGAGGGCAAGAUGGUGCUGACGCUGGGCGGCGACCACUCGAUCGCCAUCGGCACCGUCUCGGGCACCGCCAGGGCCAUCCGCGAGCGCCUCGGCCGUGAGAUGGCGGUGAUCUGGGUCGACGCCCACGCCGACCUGAACCGCCCAGAGGAGAGCGAGAGCGGCAACGUCCACGGCAUGCCGGUGUCGUUCCUGACGGGACUGGCCAAGGACGAGCGCGAGGACGUCUUCGGCUGGCUGACCAAGGACCACUUGAUCAGCACCCGGAAGCUGGUCUACAUUGCCCUGCGAGACGUCGACCGUGCCGAGAAGCAGACGCUGCGCGAGCACGGCAUCAAAGCCUUUAGCAUGCACGACGUCGACCGCCACGGCAUCGGCCGCGUCGUCGAGAUGGCCCUCGCCCACAUCGGCAACGACACCCCUAUCCAUCUGUCCUUCGACGUCGACGCCCUCGACCCCCAGUGGGCGCCCAGCACCGGCACGCCCGUCCGCGGCGGCCUGACCCUGCGCGAGGGCGACUUCAUCGCCGAGUGCAUCCACGCCACUGGCAACCUGAUCGCCAUGGACCUGGUCGAGGUCAACCCCAGCCUGGCCUCGAUGGGCGCCAGCGAGACCGUCCGCGCCGGCUGCUCGCUCGUCCGCUGCGCGCUGGGCGACACCCUGCUCUAG